AUGACACCGACUCCGGUGUUCGACGAGGUGUACGAGACGAUUCCCUUGGGUUACGGCGAGGAUACGCUCGACAAUUGCACUGUAGGUGAAGAGAACGGUGAGUUCGUGUCCGAUUUCGACGCAAUGCUGGCCCGUAAGAAACAGGAACGCAAAAGAGCUGCCAAGGGCACAAUCCCGACAGUGGACAUUCCCAAAUUAUUCGGCCAGAUGAUGGAGGCCGCCUUCGAAGACCGAAAACGACUUCGCGCUGGCCAAUUGCCGACGCGGAAGCUUCUCCUGCUCGACAGCGCCAUGUCGCAGCUGAUGAAAAAGGGUCUGCAUCAACUCUACCUCGGGCAUGGCUUGCUUAGUAUCCGUGAGGCCAUUCUGAAGGUGUUGCAAUUGUACGAUUGCAUUCGCACAAGCCAGCUGAAACAGUCGGGCCUUGGGGAGCAGAUAUACCGGAUCGCUAAGGAUCCGCAAGAACUCCAGAAGAACCGAAUGCUAGCCCAAGCGCUUGUCACAAAGUGGGCAAGGGAUGUUUUCGGUAUAUCUGACGACUAUCGGAGCAUGACACGUGCCGAGAGAAUCGAGCACGAUAUGAAAGCGGUUCCGGAGCAUCUUAGGAAGGGAUGGGAGGAGCAGCAGACGGCGGAUCAUACUAUCAAGGCGCCAUUUGUACAGUUGGUCGAUGCUCCGUUUGUAACGGUCAAUCGAACGGUGAGUUCUUCGCCAGCUGCUACUACUCUUCGGGCUCGCGUUCCGAUGGUUUCGACGAAGGAAUACAUCAUUCGCCCGGCUUCGAAAUUGGCUGACGAUGGACCACAUCAUCAACCGAUGGCAACUAUGAUGGGCCGCUGUGAGAGGAUGAUGAGAAAUUAUAACAAAAAACGAGGCAUGUAA